CGCCGCAGGCGCCAUUUUGAAAGUAUCGUACUCGUCGACUGCGUUCGGAAAUCUAGCUACGCUGGAGCAGCGUCUGAUCGACCAAUCGGAGCAAGGGGAUCUCUUCGUCCCGAUUGGUCGCUCGAGGGCGGCCUCCGCUCAACGAGGUAGCUUUCCGAACGCGAUCUCGGAGCAGUCGAUUCGCGACAUCCGCGUCGGCAGGGCAGCAGGCGUUAUCGCUCGCGCAUUAUCUCGCACGCAACCGAAACGAAAGCCACAUCUCUCCCCGACCGCAAUAUCGUUGCGCCGGCCAAUCGCGGGAUCCCGCUCCCGGCCAUAACGAAUCGCGCAUUCUCGGAGUCGCGUCUCGCGCGCGCGGCGUCCGUCAUCGUCCCGUCUCGUCCGUCCGUUCAUUCGCUCGGCCCAGUUCGGCACUGUCUGCGCCGCGAGGAAGUUCGCCGAUCGCGAUCGUGUGAUCUCAGAGGAGAGAAAAAUCAGGAGACUUGGAUAUACCCUGUCUCGCGACCGGAUACGUCAUCGCGACGCGCGGAAGAGAAUCGAGGGACGCCCCGUGACUGCACGUCAUUAUUUUCGUUGAUUGUGUUGGUUGAUGUGAAAAAAUGUUGUCCCGCCGACUUCCUGCGUGAAUAUGCAAGGCGAGGGACUUUUCGUAGCCUAGCCGUUAUUAUCUGCCGUCAUCCGUCGAUUAAAAGCCACAAAGGACGCGCCUCGUGGAGCCUCUCGCUCUCUCACCAGUCAGCCAUUCUUCCGAGGAAUUCCGAAUAUAUACAUAUAAUUCGUCGUCUGUAUCGGGAGCCACGCGUUAACUCGGUGCGAGAAAGCGUACGGAGCGCCAGCUUUGCCGAGAGUCGCUCGACGGCGGACGUCUCGUCAGGACGAGAUAGGAGAUGAUCAACAUGGAAACGGACAAGAUUAUCGACGACACGAACACAAGUCAGCAGUAUCCCAUGACGAUACUGUACGAUCCGAGUUGCAAGAAGGAACCAUCUACAGGAGUAACCACGCAAUAUGUACAGGAAAAAGAAAUUUGUAUGAAGCUAUUUGAAAGAUGGAGCGAGCCGGAGCAAGUGCACUUUGUCGAACAGCUGUUAGCACGAAUGUGCCAUUAUCAGCAUGGACACAUCAACGCGUAUCUCAAACCGAUGCUGCAGAGAGACUUCAUCUCACUUUUGCCAAAAAAAGGAUUGGACCACGUUGCAGAAAGUAUACUUUCAUACUUAGACGCUAAAUCACUCGUUUCUGCAGAACUAGUAUGCAAGGAAUGGCAUAGAGUAAUCAGCGAAGGAAUGCUUUGGAAAAAAUUGAUUGAACGCAAGGUUCGAACGGAUUCAGUCUGGAGGGGAUUGGCCGAAAGAAGAGGAUGGAUACAGUACCUCUUUAAACCGAAACCGGGCGAAGCAUUUCCCAAUCAUAAUUUCUAUAGAUCUCUUUAUCCAAAAAUUGUCAAAGAUAUCGAGAGUAUAGAAAAUAAUUGGAGAAUGGGUCGGUUCAAUCUUCAGAGAAUUAAUUGCCGUAGCGAGAAUUCGAAAGGUGUUUACUGUCUGCAAUACGAUGAUCAGAAGAUAGUCUCCGGACUCCGUGACAACACGAUUAAAAUCUGGGAUAGAAAUACUCUGCAAUGCAUUAAGGUGUUAACGGGACAUACAGGUUCUGUGCUGUGCUUGCAAUAUGAUGAUAAGGCUAUAAUAUCUGGUUCUUCGGAUAGCACUGUGAGAGUUUGGGACGCUAAUACAGGCGAAAUGGUUAAUACGCUAAUUCAUCACUGCGAGGCGGUUUUGCAUCUUAGAUUUAACAACGGCAUGAUGGUUACAUGUUCCAAGGAUCGUUCAAUAGCGGUUUGGGAUAUGACAUCGCAGACGGAGAUUGCAUUAAGAAGAGUUUUAGUGGGACACAGGGCAGCGGUGAACGUGGUCGAUUUUGACGAGAAAUAUAUAGUUUCCGCUAGUGGUGAUAGAACUAUUAAAGUAUGGAAUACAUCUAAUUGCGAGUUUGUGCGAACGUUGAACGGACAUAAGCGCGGUAUAGCGUGUUUGCAAUAUAGGGAUCGCUUAGUAGUUAGUGGUAGUAGUGAUAAUACUAUACGACUGUGGGAUAUCGAGUGUGGCGCAUGCCUACGUGUUUUAGAAGGACACGAGGAAUUAGUGAGAUGUAUUCGAUUUGAUAGUAAACACAUCGUCAGUGGUGCUUAUGAUGGAAAAAUUAAAGUUUGGGAUUUGGUAGCAGCUUUAGAUCCUCGUGCCGUUGCUAGUACAUUAUGUUUACGGACCUUGGUGGAACACACUGGACGCGUAUUUCGUCUUCAGUUUGACGAGUUCCAAAUCGUCUCAUCCUCUCAUGAUGAUACAAUACUCAUUUGGGACUUUCUUAAUUACAAUCCAUCAAGUGGAAGUGUAUGCAGCGGACGGUUACCAAUGGAUGGAGCACCAAAUCAAGCUGAUACUAGAUCUCCUUCCCCAUUUGAGUGACGCAUCAAUACGGAGAUUCCUUUAUUGUGAUAUAAUUACAAGUGGUUAGUGAGUGAAUCCAAUGUGUUCACGAUAAUGUACGCAAAGAACGAAAUGUCUGAUGAUGAGUGUCCAGUGUGAAUGACAAUUAAUCUGUCAUAGUGACAUCUGAAGGAAAAACUUAGUCGGUCAUUGACUUUGAUUUAUGGUUUGCUGAGACAACAAAAGAAAUUUCCCAACAAAUAGGGAAGUAAACUUCGACUGACUCUUCCUGUAUGAAACUAUAAAUUAUAAUUUAUAUAUGCGCUUGACGCACUAUGUUCAGGAACGAACAAUAUGUUUAAAAACGCCACAUAAAUACAUCCCAUGGAUGUAAACGAUUGUCGUCGUUUGCUUUGGCCAUAUCUGGAAUUCUUCUACGCUCUAUGACACGAUAGAAGUCGAGACCAUUUUCCUAAGGUAAAAUAAAAAAUAAAAAAUAGAAAGACUUACAAUACAUAAUAAAAUGAAGCGUUUUUAAGAAGGCUGGAUACUACAAUUUAAAAUAAAACGUUAGAUGUGUUAUAGUAAAUUAAUAAUUUUUUAUAUAAUUAAUUUAUGAAGUAAGAACAUAUUGUAAAAUGUUUGAUUGGGGUACUUAUUUCGUGUGAAUGUGUAAAAGGAAAUUGUUAAAUGGCAGAAUUAUUGUAUUGCACCAUUUUUCGCGAAUAGCUGAUAACAAAAUGCCUAUAUAUAUAUAUAUCCACGUUUAGAAUUGCAAACAAUCAUUAAUUGUGAAUAUAUAAUAAUUUUUAGUAGAUAUUUUCAAACUUUGAAGCUUAUGUUAUGUUAUUUAAAAAGCUAGUAAAAAGCCAACAUCUGCACAGACAUUUGAUAAAAUAUCAUUUGCAUUUAAAAUAUAAAAAUCAUUACAUCAA